GAUGAGGAGAUGGCAGAUUAUCCGCAAGAUGAACAAGAGCGUUACAUCAUUGUGCCUAGCGGGAACUCUUUCAUGCCCUGCAAGCCAGCCGCCAGUGCCAUUAGAGACAUCAUCUAGGAAAGGUUUCAUGGAUUUUGGAAGACUUAUGGUGAUAUCCCAGAUGAUGAAAAGGAUGCAUGGUUUGGUCUUUUUGAGAUGAAGUGUACCUGGAACCCCAGGUACUAUGCUCAGAUAAGGAGGAACUUUCACAUUAGAGCUUCUGCCCGCCUCUCCGACAUGUUGCGACAUGUCCGACUUCGUCACGAGACUGCUGGAAAGAGGCCCUACUGGAUCGGGGAGCCACUUAUGAGGCAGUUGGUGGACUAUUGGGGGAGUCCAGAGUUUAAGACGAAAUCAGAGAAGGCAAAGAAGAACAGAGCAUCAGAGAAAGGGGGAUGCAUCCACACGGGAGGCUGCAUAAGCACAGCAGAGCAUGCCCGUCGACUGGCAAAGAAGCUGGGUAGGGAGCCAUACAUAAAUGAGCUCCACAAGAAGACCCACACAUAUCGAUCAGGCCAGUAUGUUGAUGAUCGCUCCAAGAUAUGCCAGGAGGAGUAUGAUCGUCAGCUAUCGGAGGCGCUCUCCCGUGGAUGCUCUGUUGAUGAAGCUCUCACACUUCGUGCAUGGACGAAAGUUGCUGGUGAGAAGAAGAAGGGGCGAUUGUACGGUGCAGGAAACUUAGCUGGAAACUACCGCAAGGGUGUUGCUACCACUCUAAAGUUGACCCUUAAUGCUGGGGAGGGCUCUUCUCGGCAACCUGAGCUCACUCCAGAAAUACGGGAUCUGAUCACUAGGUUGACUCAAGAACAGCUUGCUGCCCAUAUGCAAACCCAACAGGACCUGAUCCAUGAGGUGGUUAGGAAGCAACGAGAAUUCCUAGACUCUCAGUUGGACACAUUUAGGCAAGAGCAAGGCUGGAAUAUGAAUGAGCAAGGUGUUGGGCAGCAGAGUGGAAGCCGAGAGAGUGUGAGGGCUCCUCCAGUGUGUGAUGAUGAUGCGGACGGCCCCUAUGAAGUGUAUGGUGAGGGCGAAGAGGAUGAUGAUGACGACCUCGAGAUGGAUGAUUGAUGCUUAUUAUGCUUGUUGUGUGUUUUCUUUACUAUUAUGUUAUGGUUUGUAU